CGCCGGAGCCGUGCGUCCACUGCUGCACUGAGAUCGGCUCUGUUUACACUGUGCAUGUCCAAAAGUCAUGGAUCAGCAAACAUACUGUAUUUGUUCGCACUGUCUGUCAAACGGACGCCGCUGGGACGAAAAAAAUCACUGCAUUUGAAUAAUUCCAGCAAGAGGAAAUAUAUUGACAAGCACAGUCUUCAGGUGUUGAACCAAAGCCAAGUAGACUGGGCCUCCAUAUAUUCACACUUCAAAUCCUUCUGGUGUGGUGAAAUCCUCUGACCUGUAGUCAAAAUGUCCUCAAGAGAUGAAGACAUUCCAGCAAUUGAGUCUAGCACUUCAUCUGGUAUCUUUGGUGCUCUGUCGUCCCCUAUUGGAAUGAUUCGGCGCAAUAUCAGCUAUGACGAGCUCAUAGACGCCCCUAUGAAUUCGCCACCUCCAGACUUCAGUGUCAACAUCUUAUGGAAAGACCCGGUCAUCCCGCAGCGCAGGUUUAGGAACACAGAAGAGGAGGAAGCCGAGAGUGGUGGGAAGUUGGUGACUUUUGAAGCAACAUCGCCAGCCAAGUCCCAAGUGCCUGUGGUGAAAGCCAAAGCCACCUCUUUAAUGAGCUCACUCAUGACCAAGCAAACGCAUGAGAACAUCCAGAGGUUUGAGCACCAGGCUGGCCUGACAGAUACUGGGUAUUCUCCGCACAAGGGCCUUUCUGCUGAGGAGACUCGCUUUUCCCGCCUGGCUGACAGCAAUCUGCCUAAGUUGAAAAUGCCAAGCGGGGACUUCAAGGAGGACAGGCUUACAACAUCAGCACAAUCAACUCCUGGUGGCACCCCUUCAGUCACCCCUUCUGCCACCCCCUCAGUCACUCCCAGUGUCACCCCUUGCGUUAGUCCCCACUCCUCACCUGCUCUCCAUCGCAGGAACUGGUUCCAGCUGAGUCCUACACCCUUUCUUACUGCAUCAGAGCACAACAGUCUCAACCCAAGCACAGACAUGGGAGGAAAUGAAGGAGGAGGAGGAGGAGAGCGAUGGAACUUUUUUGGAACUCGGUCAGUGGUGCAGAAGUCCCCCACAGACCCAGGCUCUGACACGGGCACAGGCUUCUCACUGCAGUCCUACUUCGGCAUUCAGAAAUCCUCCACAAUGGAUUACACCAACACACAGAUCAACCUUAAGGUGGAGGAUCCCGCCCAAUUCCUACCCCCCAAGAUUGAAAUUACUGGCAUUGAGGCUCAGAGGGCUCCCUCACGGCCACACAAACUCAAACCUCGGGAUAUGAAUGUUUUAACACCUUCAGGCUUCUGAAGCCAGACCAGCCUUGUUACACUUCUGUUCCACAACCACAGCACAUUUGUCCUCCAUAUGGCCUUCCUCUGUCCCCUCAGUCUCACUGCAAAUUCACGAAGGCAAAGAGGACUGAGGACCAUCUGUAGCAUCAGCUCACCAGCCCCUCGCCUCAUCUUACUCCUCACAGAUGUCCCCAACGCUCCCCUCACUCUCAUCGGUUCUAUUAAAACACCAAAUGAAAUAACUCCAUUUGGUGUUACUGCUUUGUAUUAUUAGUAUUAUUAUUGUUCUGCCAUCAGCGUGCAUUGCCUUGCGGUCCUUGUUUCAUUGUCAUUUAUGGCAUGAAACUGAGGUGUUGAAAUAUCUCGUCAGUAUUUGGCUUAACUUUACCACUUCAGCACUGUCAUUUAUAUUAAAACUGACCAGAUAUUUCAACCGUUAGUGCUCAGUUUUUCUAAUUUGUAUUGAUUUUAUUUUAAACAAGCUCACUUUUUUAUAGUCGUGUAGUGCUUUUUUCCGUUAGCAUGUAGAGUAUAGUGCGGUAUGACUGAUAUUGUGCCGAAACCUGCAGUGUGUUUGCUUUUGGCAUAAUUGCGACUUUUUUCCAUUUUGUGAAAAAGCUUCUCAUUUUACUUGAUGACAGAAUAUGACUGCUGAUAUGAUGUGAUUUUAUUUUUAUUAUAAUUUCAGCUCUCAGUAUUUUCAUUUUGUUGUGCUUUAAAUCAUUGUCCACUCUACAUAGUUAGUGUUUUGGGUUUAUCAUUUUUAUAUUGCAUUGAAAUAUUGUUCCAUCACACUGAAAACAUGCAAAGCAUUGAAGUGAUGAUUUUACAUUUACCUUCUUUUUUGUGUCCCUAUCCAAGGAUCUCUGCUGUUUUGUUUGAAACAUAUGUAAAUUCCAGUCAGUAAUUGCACAAGGGAGACUGUCUCCCGCUUGUAAAUACAUCUGACACUAACAAGAAAAAA